AUGUCUUGCUAUUGCGCAAACUACUAUGGCUCCCUCAACUGCCAGAAUAUGGUUUUGAAAUUUGGUGAUCAGUGCAGGUCAUGUCUUGCUCAAUCUCCAAGUCAUGAUGGAAAGUUUGAAUGGAGCGAUGCACUUCUAGGUCAGCAGUGGCUAGAGAACUCCAGUAAGGAACAGAUGAGAAGAGAUGAGGAUAAGUCUAGGAGGGGCAGAGCUAGAAGGGCUGUAAAAUGA